AAAUUCCAGUAAUUGAAGAGCAUUGCUGGCGACUGGACGUUUCGUUUCCUCUGGCAGGCAAGUGAAAGCAAAAGUGACACCACAAUGCCGGACUUUGACUGGCUACCCCUGUCGGGACACAGUCUGGGCCUGCUGCUGGUGCCCGGGCUGCUCAUCCUCAUUAUCCUCUGGCUGUGCGAUCACCAGUACGACAAAGUGCUGGGUCGUCCGCCCCCAGGGCCCUGGGGUCUGCCCUUUGUGGGCUACCUGCCCUUCCUGGACCGCCGAGCGCCCCACAAAUCGCUGCAGGCCCUGGCCCGCCGCUACGGCGGCAUCUAUCAGCUGCGCAUGGGCAGCGUCAAGGCGGUGAUUCUCUCCGACGUGGCCCUGGUGCGCGAGUUCUUCCGGCACGAGGUGAUGUCGGCUCGGGCGCCGCUCUACCUCACACACGGCAUCAUGGGCGGCUAUGGCAUCAUCUGCGCCGCGGGCCCCAUUUGGAAGCAUCAGCGUCGCGAGGUAAUCGACUGGCUGAAGGCUUUGGGCAUGACGCGGCGACCGGGCGAGACGCGUAGCCGUCUGGAGCAGCGCAUCGGCAGGGGCGUGGACGAGUGUGUGCAGCUGUACGAGACGGAUGCUGCUCUCAGUCCCUCGUCGCAGUUGGACCCCGUGCCCGCGCUCCAGCACACGCUGGGGAACAUCAUCAACGAUCUGGUCUUUGGCGUCACCUACGAGCGGCAGGACCCCGACUGGCUGUACCUGCAGCGACUGCAGGAGGAGGGCGUCAAGCUGAUCGGCGUCUCGGGCGUGGUCAACUUCCUGCCCUGGCUGCGACGCCUGCCGUGGAACGAGCGCAACAUUUGCUUCCUGCUGGAGGGCAAGGCCAAGACGCACGCCCUCUACGACCGCAUUGUGGAGAGGUGCGCGCAGCGGCUGAAGGAGCUGCAGGCGCAGUACCAGGAGAAGCAGCAGCAGCAGCAGCAGGACCCACAGCAGGAUCCAGAGCCCGAGUCGGACCAAUUUCUGGAGGAGAACUCCGAGCAAGAGGCAGCGGAGGCGGAGGAGGAAGACGACGGCGACGACGAUGACGUGUACGAACCUACCUGUAUCCUGGAGCAUUUUCUCAUCAACCGAGUGCCCCACUCCGAGCUGUACUGCGACGAGCAGCUGCGCCAUCUGCUCGCCGACCUCUUUGGCGCCGGCGUGGACACCUCUCUCGCCACGCUCCGCUGGUUCCUGCUGUACAUGGCCCGCGAGCAGCGCUGCCAGCAGCGCCUGCACGAGUUGCUGCUCCCCCUUAGUGGCGCGCCCACACUGGAGGAGCUGCAGGAGCUGGCCUACCUGCGAGCCUGCCUGUCGGAGGUGCAGCGCAUCCGCAGCGUCGUGCCGCUGGGCAUUCCACACGGGGCCGAGCGGGACUUCACCGUGGGCAAGUACCGCAUUGCGGCCGGCAGCAUGAUCGUCUCCCUGCAGUGGGCCAUUCACAUGGACCCGGAGUGGUGGCCGGAGCCGGAGCAGUUCCGCCCGGAGCGCUUCCUCAACGACGAGGGACACUACUCGGCGCCGCCCCAGUUCAUACCCUUCCAGACCGGCAAGCGCAUGUGUCCCGGCGAUGAGCUGGCCCGCAUGAUGCUCACCCUAUUCGCUGGGCGCAUCCUGAGACGCUUUCACGUGCAACUGGCCCCCGGCACCGCUGCACCGGACAUGGAGGGCGAGUCUGGCAUUACCUUGGCACCCGCUCCCUACGAGCUGCGCUUCACGAAGCUGCCGCUGCACGUGGAGCAGCCCCUGGUGCAGGACUCGAUCGAGUAGCGUCUCCUCUAUGUCCUUUUUAUUCGUAUAUAUAUCCUUGUAAUUUUUUUUUUUUUGUUUCCUGUACUUAUGUAGUAUCCCUUGAGAAAUAUAUUUGCUGAUUGGUGUAUUUAAUUUUUGAUGUGCGGCUGCUCUAAGCGGGUGAUUUUCUCGGGCUAUUAAAGCAAAUAAAAAAUUUAUUAUUAUUUUCCGACGUUUCCAGCUGAAUUGCAUAGAAGUCUGUAGAAGUCUUGAGAAUUUAUGUGAAAAACUGCAUGGAAAGUUUCUUCUCAGAGAGGAAAAACCCAACAAAAAAAAAAUGGGAUAAUGGACCAGGAUUUAUAAAGAACUUUUGUGCAGAAAUGAAUUUCAAAGUAUUGUUUUCCCAUACAAAGUGUAAACAUAAUCAUGUAUGCUAUUGAAUAAAAUUUUACAAUUUGCA